AUGGAUCAUGACUCAGGCGAAAGGAAGCUGGAGAGUGCGCCAAAGUUCGACGGGAGCGACUAUUGGACUUGGAGCUUCCGAUUCGAACAAUGGGCAGAGGCGCACGAUCUAUGGGGGUACUUUGAUGGUUCGGAGGAGCGGCCUGCAUCGGGUGACGCACGGCUGAAGUGGGAGAGGAAAAAUCAGAAGGCAUUCGCUCAAUUCUGCAAUGCCUUGGUGCCAGAUGAGCUAAUUCGCUUGGUAUGGGAGUUCGGCGGCAAGACCGAGUUGGGCAGCGCACCUAUUGAUGGCGGAGCAAGAGCGGUCACCCGAGUUCCUGCAGGCACAGCAGCGGCAUACAUACGAGUGAAGGAGUUCUACCUUCAGCGUGAAUUGUGUAACCGGAUGGCACUCACUGAGGAGCUCUCUUCCUUGAAGAUGAAAGAGGGGGAGGGAGUGGCUGCAUACUGGGCGCGUGCCGAGGACUUGAGGUCCAAGUACUUGGCUGCAGGAGGAAAGGAGGAGGUUGAGGAGUGGAUGAUGAGGGUACUCAAAGGACUACCUCCUCACUUUGAGAUGCUGAAGGUGGUACUGAACAACCAAUCAUCAUCGCUCACUAAGGAUCAGCUGCUUACCUCUUUGAGGAGCGAGGAGAUGCAGAUUGGUGUCGCACCAAGAUCGGAUGGUGUAGCCACUUUUGGAGCGGGUACGAAAGUGGGCAGCAGCGGCAGGGGAAACUGGGACAAGGGAGGAAAACAAGGAGGCAGCGGUAGCAGCAGCGGCACCAACUCGGGCAGAUGGGGUCAGGGAAAAGGCAAAGCAGGAGUGCUUGAUUUCCCUUGGGGGUCUAAGGGCAUGGCUCCUAGGGGGUUGUGUCAUGGCUGUUGGGAUGAGGGACAUGCAUGGCAGCGAUGUCCUCACCGACCUAAAGGAGGAAUUCCGGCAUUCUUACAGAGGGGGGGUCGUGGGUCCAACGGCAAGGCACAGGUGGCGGAUGAGGAGGAGCAGGAUGACAAGGCAGAGGUAGCGGUUGGAGAGGCAGUUGCAGCACUAGGAGGGGAGCAGCCGCGAGAGGGGUGGUGGAUUGACAGUGGGGCCAACCACAACUUUACUCCCUUUGCAUCAGACUUCAAGAGUAAACUUGAGCCACCAGAGAUUCGGAGAGUUAGAUUGGGAGAUGGACGGGUGGUGAAAGCUGUUGGCAUGGGUGAGGUGCCAGUGGUUGGUGCUGGAGGUCAGCUGCUGAGGAUUCAAAAGGUCCACCUUGUGCCUGAAAUGCACACGCGUCUGCUGUCAGUCCCACACCUCACCUCUCGAGAUGUCAUUGUCAUAUUCAAGGGCAAGAAAUGUGUUCUUAAACGGGGAGAGAGGGUGUUGGCGAUUGGAGAAAAGGAGAGGGGCAGGGACCAUGGAUUGAGUGUCGCAGAUACACCGCAGCAGAAUGGGGUCGUGGAGAGGUGGCACAGGACGAUGGCAGAGGGGAUUCGCACAUUGUUGGUCGACAGUGGUCUCCCUGCUCGCUUGUGGGGUGAAGCAUUCAUGUGGGUCGUGUGGGUUAAGAACAGGGUCACCCACAGUGCUUUGCCUGCCUCCGUCACACCAAUGGAGGCGUGGUCCGGCCAGAAGCCGCAUGUGGGCAUGGCUCAGAUUUGGGGUUGCAUGGGGAGUGUCAUGCUGCAUGGGCAUGAGAAGGGUGGCAAGCUUGAUGCACGGGCUGUCAUGUGUGUCUGUGUUGGGGUGGACAUAGAGAGCAAGGCUUGGCGCAUGCUGGACCCUUCUCUCAUGCGCAUUCGCAUUGCUCGGGAUGUUGAUUUUCUUGAGAAUGUGAUGUGGAAGGAUUAG